AUGAUGGAACAGUAUGUGCCUCCCGGGAAGAGGCUGUUUCAAGCGAGGCAUAGAGUGAGCAGGCGCGACUUGCAGCAUUACGGGGAGACUGAUUGGACCACGGUAAAGGAUGAAGUGGUGAAGGAUGAUGACCUGUUGGGCUACGCGGUGCCCAUUAUCGAUAACGGGGACCCUCGCAUUGCCAGGCCGUUCAAGCAGGCGAAACAGCUGCCUUACAAGGCUAAAGCGGGCUCGCUGGCUGCUCCACUGGCUUACCCAGCUCAGAAUAGAAGUGCGCUAAGCAUAGAUGGCACUGGGUCGCCGGCGUCCUCUACGUCGUCUAUCUUCAGCGUACAGAACUCAUGUCCUGAGGUUGGGGAUAGGUAUAGUAGCAGCACGAUGGAUUCACUGGUUGAAGGGCUGGACCCCACGCUGAAAUUCAACAUGCAACGUAACAUCAGUGUAGACUCUCUGAUCCAGGAUAACAACAAGCGUAUCUCAGAACACAGAGACUCACUGGCCCUCCUGAAAGAGUACGAGUACAACGAACGCAAAGAAUCCAACAGGUCCAGUAAAGACUACUACCAAAGCGGAAUAGAUCGCAUUGAACAUGAAACGAAAAGAGAACUACGCAGAUUACGUUACGAAAACAGAGCCUUGCUACAAAGAGAAGAUGCCCUAGCAAAGGUAUGGCGGUCGAUUAGGAACUGCAAAGAUGACGGAGCACUCUUGUUAGCACUCAGGAAACACCAUGUCUACUGGUUCGGUAUACCUUCCGAUUUGAGACUGAAAGUGUACAAGUUGUGUCUGUAUCAAGAUGGCGUAGCACCACCGGUGCAUUCUCUUGGUGCAGCUUUGUGCAAGAGACUCGGAGAUGUUAAUAUAGUUAAGCAGAUCAUAGCCAAUAUAAACAAGGAAGUACCCUGGUUGCUGCGGAUCAGCGGGACCGGGUCCAAGUCUCAGGAUUCACGUACAUCGCCAUCUGAGAAGUCACAAGCCGCAGUGCUAGAGACGAAGAUGUAUGGCUCCUACCCUGGCCUAUACUACCAUCUCAAGGACAAACUACACCUGGAUAUAUGUGAGCAAUUCAUGAAACCGUUGCUGCGUACUGUGCUUCUGCGCAUCUUGUACCAGUGCCCUCACGAUGUAGCCACGCUAGAGCUUCUGGACAUCGUAGUGGUUUCAAUGCACUACCACGAACUGCAAACGGUGCUCCUGGACCAAAUGCUCAACGCAAUACUGCAAGAGUGCCACUUCAAGUUCUUCCAUGAAUCCCUACACGCUAUCAAUAAUGAGAUCAAAUCCACCGAGCUAGACGUCUUCAGGUUCCUGGAAACGCUGCGGAAACCACACGCUGAACAUCUAUAA